UGCAAACUCGGCUUGUGCCUCUCUCCAGCCCUGUGGCCUCGCUGGGCAAUUUUUCUAAUCUCUUUGGAGCCAAUCUUCAUGUUGAAAAACGACAGGUCCCAUCUUCAGAUUGACACCUGUCCCAGUGCUGCCAUUCUGUCAAGGCUCCUCCUUGGAGUGUUUGUAAGUCAUUUUUACUGUGAAGUAACCCAGCCACCGGCCUCAGGGGAACCUCCAAGCCUAAUUCUAGAGGAGACUAACUCGGUGACCAAAAGCCAGCCCCUCUUCGAGUGGAACUCUUGCGUGUUGACCGGCCACUCUCCUGUGCUCUGGAUGAUGUCUGAACACGACCUGGCGGAUGUGGUUCAGAUUGCAGUGGAAGACCUGAGCCCUGACCACCCAGGUACAGAGCUGUGGGACAUUGUUUUGGAGAAUCAUGUAGUGACAGAUGAAGACGAACCUGCUUUGAAACGCCAGCGACUAGAAAUCAAUUGCCAGGAUCCGUCUAUAAAGUCAUUCCUGUAUUCCAUCAACCAGACAAUCUGCUUGCGGCUGGAUAGCAUUGAAGCCAAGUUGCAGGCCCUGGAGGCCACUUGUAAAUCCUUAGAGGAAAAGCUGGAUCUGGUCACGAACAAGCAGCACAGCCCCAUCCAGGUUCCCAUGGUGGCCGGCUCCCCUCUUGGGGCAACCCAGACGUGCAACAAAGUGCGAUGCGUCGUCCCCCAGACUACAGUAAUACUCAACAAUGAUCGGCAGAACGCCAUUGUAGCCAAGAUGGAAGACCCCUUGAGCAACAGGGCACCGGAUUCCCUGGAAAAUGUCAUUAGCAACGCUGUGCCUGGGCGUCGGCAGAACACCAUUGUGGUGAAGGUGCCGGGCCAAGAAGACAGCCACCAUGAAGACGGGGAGAGCGGCUCGGAGGCCAGCGACUCGGUGUCCAGCUGCGGACAGGCGGGCAGCCAGAGCAUUGGGAGCAACGUCACCCUCAUCACCCUGAACUCAGAAGAGGAUUACCCCAAUGGCACCUGGCUGGGCGACGAGAACAACCCCGAGAUGCGGGUGCGCUGCGCCAUCAUCCCCUCCGACAUGCUGCACAUCAGCACCAACUGCCGCACAGCCGAGAAGAUGGCGCUCACGCUGCUGGACUACCUCUUUCACCGCGAGGUGCAGGCCGUGUCCAACCUCUCGGGGCAGGGCAAGCACGGGAAGAAGCAGCUGGACCCGCUCACCAUCUAUGGCAUCCGGUGUCACCUUUUCUAUAAAUUUGGCAUCACGGAAUCCGACUGGUACCGAAUCAAGCAGAGCAUUGACUCCAAGUGUCGCACGGCGUGGCGGCGCAAACAGCGGGGCCAGAGCCUGGCGGUCAAGAGUUUCUCGCGGAGAACGCCGAACUCAUCUUCCUACUGCCCCUCAGAGCCAAUGAUGAGCACCCCACCUCCCUCCAGCGAGCUGCCACAGCCACAGCCGCAGCCGCAGGCCCUGCACUACGCGCUGGCCAACGCUCAGCAGGUGCAGAUCCACCAGAUCGGAGAAGACGGGCAGGUGCAAGUAGGACACCUCCACAUCGCCCAGGUGCCGCAGGGGGAGCAAGUCCAGAUCACGCAGGACAGCGAGGGCAACCUCCAGAUCCAUCACGUGGGGCAGGAUGGUCAGCUUCUAGAGGCCACCCGCAUCCCCUGCCUCCUGGCCCCAUCCGUCUUCAAAGCCAGCAGUGGCCAGGUGCUGCAGGGUGCACAGCUGAUCGCCGUGGCCUCCUCGGACCCCGCGGCGGCGGGCGUGGAUGGAUCGCCGCUCCAGGGCAGCGACAUCCAGGUUCAGUACGUGCAGCUGGCGCCAGUGAGCGACCACACGGCCGGGGCGCAGGCCUCAGCUUGGGGCAGAGCCAGCGCCUUGGGCCAUCAUGACCCUGGCGUCCGCCGAAACAAGGUGCAGGUCUGCUGUGCUCUGCGGAUGGCCUGCUAG